UAUUUCAAUUUUAUAAUUGAUUCGAACAUGGAUAUUCAGUCCCUAAUGCCUAAUAUUGGUGCCUGUUGUUCAUAAUUACAAAAGCGACCUAAUGUCUAACCUACACUUAUUAUUUAGAGGUUCAUCGCAACUCAAGAAUAAUGUUGCGACACUCUAGAUCGGGAAGUAUUGGGAAGGGCUCAAACUCCGAGAAUGUUUGCACAAAAGAAGGAUAUUUAAAAGAUAAUCCAACUAAAAAGAAGGAAAACUUUUUCAAAGAAUAUCUCGUAGAUUACUCAAGCAAUUCUAAUCUGCAUGGACUUAGAUACAUCGGAGAAAAGGAACGAACUCAUAUCGAAAGAGUAUUUUGGUUGUUUGCCUUCAUAUGUGGAAGUGUGUUAUGUGCUGGAUUGAUCAUGAAGACUUAUAUGAAGUGGACAUCGACCCCAGUGAUUGUAACUUUUGCUGAGAAAACCACUCCUACUUGGCAGAUUCCUUAUCCUGCAAUAACCAUGUGUCUCGAAUCUAAAUCAAGGGCGACGAUUUUCAAUUUCACACAAAAUUAUUAUCUUUACAAUAACUCUUUAGAUCGUGCUAAUAUGACGGAAGAAAAGCGAAAUAUGGUCGAAGAUUUGACUCUGGUUUGUGACGACCACCUGGCCUCUCCAACGGGCAGGGAAUUUAGUGACGGCAGUGAAACCGUUGCCAAUUUGCAAAACGUGACCACAAAUGCGAGUUCAACUUUCUUCGUGUGUAAAUUCAAGGAUCGCACGACGGAAUACUGCGAUACUUUGAACGCUCGUGUCCUCACUGACGAAGGGGUGUGCUUUAGUUUCAAUAUUCUGAGGCCUGAGGAUUUAUUCAGAACUGAGAAUUUACACAAAGAUUACAGUUACAUAGAACAUGAUAUUGAAGCCAAUUCUUGGAGUUUGGAAGACGGAUAUUCGCCUGAUUUGCCACUAGACACUUACCCUUACCGAGGCGCUGGUCACACUGCUAAAGCGGGAGUGGUGUUUUUGAUGCAGACUGACGCAAAAGAUUUAGAUUACCUUUGCAAAGAAUCCAUUCAAGGGUUUAAGAUCUUGGUACACAAUCCAGCAGAGUUUCCCAGGCUGAAUGACAUUUAUUUUCGAGCGUCAUUGAAACAGGAAAUAGUUAUAGCUGUAACUCCCAAGAUGAUAACCACAGCGGAUGGAUUGCGAGAUUAUGACUCUGAGAGGCGACAGUGUUUCUUUUCAGAUGAAAGAUAUUUACGUUACUUCAAAGUGUACACUCAGACGAACUGUGAAUUAGAAUGUUUGACCAACUUCACUUAUUCCCGUUGUGGAUGUGUGCACUUUGGAAUGCCGCAUGAUUCUAGUAUGAAAGUGUGCAAUACAGCAAAGGUGAAGUGUAUGAAAAAUGCUAGAUCGGAAUUUUCGGUAGUGGGAGUAAAGCAAGUUUUAGAACAAAAUUCACAGGAGGAAACCAUAGACGAAGCCGCUCGGUUGGCAGCUAGCUGCAACUGCUUACCCGGGUGCAGCUCUCUGACAUAUGAAGCGGAGACUUCUCAGGCUGAUUAUGACUUUAAGCAGCUCUGUAAGGCUUAUAGAGUCGGAAUUAACGAGGAAGUGGACGAAAAUUUGCUGAUGACCCGACUAUUAGUAUUCUUCAAGGCGCCACAGUUCAUCCAGUACAGACGCUCGGAGCUGUACGGCCAGACAGACUUCCUCGCCAACUGUGGCGGCCUGCUGGGGCUGUUCAUGGGCUUCUCAUUCUUGAGUCUAGCUGAAAUUGUUUACUUUAUAACACUAAGGUAAGCUUAUUUCUUUUUGAAUCUAGUGCGUCAACUGUUCU